AAACAACACGCAGUUCACACAACGUUUCCUCCAACAUUUUAACAUGAUUCCCAGCUAGAAUCUAGAUCUAGGUCCAAGUAAAACAUGGAGAACUUUCAAGGUUACAUUGCCAAGUUUGGAAAGCCAAACGAUAAUCUCCGGACAUCCUGUAAAAAGUGUGGCUAUGCUGGCCACCUGACGUAUCAGUGUCGCAACUUUCUAAAGGCAGAUCCCAGUAAAGAAGUUGUCCUUGACGUAAGCAGCACAAGUUCUGACUCUGACGAUGAGCCGUUUGUGUCCCCGUUAACGAACCUAAAUGAAGGUAAAAAGAAAGAUCAAUCUGAAGCUGACAAAAAGGACAAAAGCAAAAAGUCAAAGCGGAAAAAAUCCAGGGAUGGCUCAAAAAAGCGGAAGAAACACAAAAAAGAAAAGAAGAGGAAGAAGAAGAAGAAGCAUAAAAGAACUGAAUAUUCUGAAAGCGAGUCUGAAAGUGCCUCUUCAGAAGAUGAAGACAAGAAAAAAGGACGAAAACGCAGAAGUGAUUCUUCAUCAGACAGUGACUCUGAAGGGGUUGAAGAAAUGGACGUAAAACAGAGAAAAAAGAAAAGAUACAGUUCUUCAGAUGAUUCAGAGGAGGAGAAAAACAGUAAAAAGAGCAGCAGAAAAAGAAGAGGUGAUGACUCAACAGAUGAUGAAAACAGUGGACAUGACAGAAAGAAAAAGUCUAAGAAACGAAAGCACAGACAUUGAGAUUUUUAUGGUGACUGAAUACAGUGUUGUUAAUUAAGUAUGGAUUAUCUAGUUGUAUACUUGUGUUAUUUGUAUUGUAUGUCAGACUGCGCUGUUGUCUAGUGGGAGUGACUUGAGUCGCUGUUUUGGGAAAAUAUUAAAUAAAAGAGCAUCACAUAAACUGAUUAUUAUUGUCAGCUUUCACCCUUCUCAUCCUUUAGACCAUGUAACAUAGACUUUUGGAUAAUUGGCCUGUAUGAGAUCACUUUACAGAAACAGAUCUCUGUAGCCUUUUAUAUAAACUAGGUGGGACCUUUUAAAAAAAACAAAAAACAAUGGAAUCCUUUUAUAAUGAGGGGGAGGGGACUGGUGGGAAAUAUCUGUUUUAGCAGGAUUCUCGUUAUCAGGGAUCCAGUUAUAAAUUCAAGGAAAAUAAUAAAGUAGGCCUAAUCUAUGA